AUGUUGUCGAAAUGGUGGUGGCGAUUCAAAGCCAACCCGCUCCAACUGUGGUCUCAAUUCAUCGCUUCUACUCACAAAUUCUCUGCGGAUAAUCAGAUUAUUCCGGUGUCAAAGUCGAUUCCUGGGGUAUGGAAAGAUAUCGGUAACGUUGAUUCGGAGCUCCAAAAGCUGGGUUUAGAUAUCAAGCAGAAUUUGGUCGUUAAUAAUGGAGUGUGGAAAUGGCGGACUGAAUCAGAUGAUGUGUUCUCAGUCAAGCAAGUCAGGAUAGACAUCGAAGAUACCUUGGGGGCUGAUCCAAGCUGCGUUCCGGGUUUUGAAUGGAUCCCAUGGGCCCCUCCCAAAGCGAACCACCUGCUUUGGAGGGCGAUCCUUGGGAAGGUAGCGUCUAGAGCCGGUUUAGCCCGUAGAGGCAUUCCCUUGUCUGAUGUCUCUUGUCCCCGGUGCGGGUUAGCUCUCGAAGACUCGGAUCACAUUUUCUUCAACUGUUUGUGGGCUAAAUGCGUCUGGUGGAACGUGCUUUCUUGGAUCCGGAUUAGCUUCCCUGAGGUGUGCGAUUCUCUAGCCGCCCUGUUGAGUCACAUUAAAGAAGCCCCUGGUGGGAAGAUUUGGAAGAAGUUAGUUCGCACCAUUAUUGUCGCCACAACUUGGAGGAUAUGGAUUGCUAGGAAUGCGAAAGUGUUCGACGAUUGCUUCAUCCCGAUUAUGAAGACCGUAGAGCUUGUGAAAGAAGAUGCCUUCCUUUGGAUCUGCAACCGAUCAAAACUCAAAGCGCCUACUUGGGAUAAAUGGAGGAUGUUUGAUGUAGUUGAGAUGUUGUAA